CACGUUUUAAAAAGAACUUGUGUGCUAAUGGUCCUCUGGGGAUUAGUUCUUCUCUUCUAAUGGUAUUUACUGACCGAUUGAAUAUUAAGGCUAAAACUCAACGUUAUCGCGUAUUGGUAUAUUUAAUUAAAAUUUGGUCCCUGAAAAAAUUAAAUGAGGCAGUAAUCCCUGGUGGUCGAUAUUAGACCUUCAAGUUCUCAUAAAGAUGUGUAGCUUAACCUUUAUAAAACAUUUUACGUGUCAUAAGUUCAUAUCUGUCACGAUAGAGGUUAUAAAAUACAAUUUCUCAAGAUUUUAGUCAUUUUGCGAAAAUGACUGUCUUGGUGAACAUAGUGUUGUUCAUCUGCGUUCCCUGUGCAGUGGCAUACAGGGGACCUGUCACGCCUUUUAUAAAGUCUGUGAAGAGAAACAUGAUGCAUGGUGCAGCUAUCGGGAACAACAAUCCUGAAAGGCUUAUAAACAAUAUCAAAGUAUGGACGGACCUAAGGGAUGCAUCUCGAUCGCUGCUUUCCAAUGCUAUCCAAGAAGAUCGGAAAUCUAACCAUGAGAUUGGGAAUGGCGGCAUACGCAUAUUGGAUCAACAUCAGCAUAUUUUGCGCAAUGUCAGCGGCAGCAAUAGUCGACCUCGACGAAAUCGAAAACUACACUACCAGGAUAUCACGGAACUCCGGCUCCUCUCUAGAGCUGUGGUUGCUAUGGAUGCAACGAGAGAAAAACCGAUUCAAAGAAGGUUCAAAAUGGUCAACAGAAAUCAACACCGAAGAAGAGUCCAAUCAGUCUCACGACCAGAUAAAAAUUCAGCCCCACGCAAAGAUGGAAAUUCAGCCCCAGGCCCCGAUGAAAAUUCAGCCCCAUCCCCAGAUGGAAAUUCAGCCCCACGCCCAGAUGAAAAUUCAGUUAUACGGCCCGAUGACGUGUCUGAGUUGUGCUGGGAUCAUUGGACACACCAACAAAGAGGGCUUGAACUGUUUAGAUUGCACGAGUGGGCAUUCGUUAUGGACGAUGCUCGUGGAAAAGUUCCCCCGGGAAUGUUCGAGGGCAAUCUUCAUAUGAUUGGCAAUUAUGACGAGUGCUUAAGUGUCAAAGUCAACAUGACCGAAUAUAUUGAGACGAUCCCCGACUCCAAAGCGCACUUUCGUGGACGAUAUUGUACGUGUGAGGCCACAAUUGAUAUAUCGUUAGAAGACUUAGGAAUCCCCAUUGAUAUACAGCCAAUAUUCUGGAUUGGGGAAUGUAUGCCUUCUACCUGCAACGAAUCUGAAAUCAAUGCUAUACUUAGAGAGGAACUUUAUGAAUCUGAUGAUUUCUUCGACAAUGUACUUGGUGACAUAUUACAGUUCAACACAACAUGUCCUCGUGAUAUGAAUAUAUUUGAAAACCCCAGACCAUCGGCUGUUGGAGUGUUAAUUGCCAUCCUAUUUUUAACCGUAUUUGUAUUGAUUGGUACAAUAUACGACCAGAUCGUAAGCUUGCUGAGUGAACCUUCUCCGAACAACUCCUCAUCUGCUAUCGAAGAACCUAAUAAAGGACACUACAACAAGGGUUACUAUUCGGAAAAUGAGACGAAUGGAUCUGCAACCAUGUUAGGCUAUGCGACUACAAAUGGAUCUGCCACCGCUAAUGGCUCCGUGACCACGAAUGGCUAUGGGACCGACUAUAAUCCUACCUCAGGACCUGAUAUUUCUCGGAAAGAUUUGCUGCACAAUAUACUCAUCUCAUUCUCAAUACGCCGCAACAUAAAUAAGGUGCUCAACAUGGAUGUGGUUGAGAACGGUGUCCCUGCUUGUAUCAACGGUAUCCGUGUACUCAGCAUGGCUUGGCUCAUCCUUGGCCUUUCUUACAUCCUUGGUGUUCUCUAUGCCGAGACAUAUACAACACAAAACCUUCUGGCUGCUCUGUUCAGAGUACAACGAUUUUCCUUUCAACCAAUACUCAAUGCUGGAUUCUGCGCAGACACUUUCUUCCUCUUGACUGGAGUCAUUGUGACCAUAUACUUCAUGAAGUUCCUGGACAACAACAACGGCUCUUGGAACAUCUCCAGAAUUAUCACUCAAGGAGUUUACUAUGUUUUCCAUAGGUGGUGGAGGCUGACUCCCCUCUACGUUCUGUUUAUAUUCUGUUUCUCGAACUUGUUUGAUUACAUUGGAAAUGGGCCAUUGUGGCCUAAUCCUGAUCCCACUAAUGCAAAUCUGUGUAGGGACAAUGGUUGGGCAAAUGUUCUUUACAUCAACAACAUCUACAAGCCGAGAGACGGAUGCAUGAUCUUCACUUUCUUCCUGACGUGUAGUAUGCAGUUCUAUGUCAUCUCACCUUUGCUUCUUCUUCCGCUCUACUAUUUUCCAGCGAUCGGUGCAGUAUUGUUGUUCCUGUGUCUUGGCAGUAAUCUCACGGCACUUGGUGUAAUUAAUGGACAACUGGAAACAAGAAAUUACACUGAUGAUUUUGCUUACGCUGAUGACUUCUUUCACGAGGUGAUAAUCACACCUUGGUGUAGAGUGGGUCCCCACAUCGUUGGUAUUGCGUGCGGAUACAUCAUCUAUCGACUCCAAAGUCAGAAUAUUGUGAUCAAAUUUAGGGGUGACAAAAUUGCGGCAGUAGCAGGGUGGUGUGUUUCAUUAGUGUUCAUCACAUCGGUCACGUUUGGUACAUACAGUCAGUUCAACGAGCACACUGGGGAGGAAUGGUCCUCCACCAUCAGGGUGUUCUAUGAGACAGUGGCCAUACUUGCGUGGUCGCUUGGAGUUGGCUGGAUUAUCGUUGCGUGUUCUAUGGGAUACGGAGGUAUAAUUAAUUCCAUACUUUCGUGGAAAGCAUGGGUGCCACUGAGUAGGCUAUCAUUCGCUGCACACCUCACAUACCCAUUGGUCAUGUUCUCAUACAACUACCAGAGAAGGAGUCUAAUAUACGUCAGUGAUGCUAACAUGGUUUACUUUUUCCUGGGCCACUUCUGCCUCACGUACGCCGUGUCUCUAGGCUUCACACUUCUCAUCGAGUUACCCACCCGUCAGCUUGAAAAGGCCUUCCGAGAAUAUUUCACCGCAAGACGAAAUUUUGCCGACCUGAAACAAGUUAAUUCUAUUGGAAACCACCAGGGUGAAUUUAGAGGCCAACAACGCGUGUAUGAUGGAAAGACACCAAGUGUUAAGAGUGACAUGACUACACAUCUGUGAUAAUUCUGUGACAUUGACCGUUUAUGACAUAUUAGAGAUAAUUCGUAACUCAUUUAAGUUAUAAAUCCCUUAUGUUUAUAACUUAUAAUUUGUUGGUGUACUACGUUGUAAUUUGUCGCGUAGCUCUUUAGAUACGUCUGUAAAUAGCCGUUGAUUAUAAAAUGUUGUGUAUAAGUGCGUAAAUCCUUAUCUAGUUUAGAUAUUAUUAUUGGUCUGGAAACACUGUGAUAACUGACAUAAAGUCAUAAUAUCCCUAUUUACACUACACGCGACAUUCCAAGACGUCUUGGUUAAAACGUCUUGGUUUUAGAAAAAUUAUGUUGAGUUUACACCACCAUUUUCAAGAUGUCUUACGAAAUAUGAUUCAGUUUACACCUGUUUUUCUAAAACGUCUUAGAGAUAUGUAGGUAUACAUGUAAAAUGAAAAAAGCAGUUCAGUACUGGUUGAAGGACGGUUCCGUCAAUAUAGCU